AAUUUUAUUAAAUGCUCGACAGACAGUAAUGCCAACGGAAUGUAGAACAAAGAGAAUGAAUCAGGCAGGAUUCAUUCGAGUGGAGCUUGUGGGGGGGGGAUGGAAUGGGAUGAGCGGCGGAGAAAAGAAGACCGCUGGACAUUUUCUAUACUUUCAAAAAACGUAUUUUUCUAAACAAAAGUGGAAGAGAUCACUCAACAUAAAG